AUGCUCACGGACCCCGGCGCCGUGCCGCGCGACGCGAUCGCCGCGACGGAGGACGACGCGAAGGUCGACGGGUUCUGCGCCAAGUGCGACCGGUACAAGCCGAGCAAGGCCUACCACUGCAGCAAGUGCAAGCGCUGCGUGUCGCGCAUGGACCACCACUGCCCCUACACGAACAACUGCGUCGGCGCGAAGAACCAGAAGCACAUGGUCCUGUUUUUGAUCUACUGCAAUGUGCAGGCCGUCUACGCGCUCGCGCUCGUCGCGUACUACGGCGGCUACCGGGGCUACCUCUACGACGAGGGCUGGCUCGCCCUCGUGCUGACGGCGCUGCUGGGCGUCGACGGCGGCAUGACGCUGCUCUUCACGGGGACGAUGUGCCGGCGCCAGGUCAUCUCGAUGCAGACGGGCAUCGGCACGAUCGACCGGCUGAAGCUCGCCAAGGGCAAGCCCAUCGCGGGCGGGACGCCGAUCCCGCUGUCGUCCAUCUUCGGCCACACGGUCCUCUUCUGGCCCCUGCCGCUGGACCCGGACUUCCCGCCGGAGGUCGAGGCGGAGAUUUUGGGCUUCCGCUGCCCGCGCGUCGCCGACGAGCACCGGGAGCCGCUCUGGAGGCCCGUGUCCCAGGAGACGGGCCUGCUCUCCGGCGAGGAGCGCAAGGAGCCCGCGUAA